AAAGAAAGUAAAGUCUGGGAUUCACAAUAUAAGGGAGAAGAAAAGCCGCAUAUUUCACGAGCUCCCACAUGUGUUUCUUCCUUUCUGAGAUCAGUUCAAGUGGGUAAAUUUCACGGACAAAAUCCCAUUUCAUCACCAACCAAAACACAACCAAAGGUCAUUUUUUUUAUUUUAAAAAGGAAACUCAUCAAACGGUUGUUGUUCUGCCACGUUACCCUCCAUCGACAUCACCGCCUAGCUCGAUCUCAAACUGGGUUUCCUCUGAAACCACGAUAUGAUACUGUGAAAGCUCUUUUUUUUUUGUCUUUUUUUUUGUUGUAGUUUAAGCUUUGUUUUGAGUAAAGAGAAAUGAAUCGAGAAGCAGUAACAGUGGGACCAGGGAUGGAUAUGCCGAUCAUGCAUGACAGCGAUCGUUAUGAGCUGGUUAAGGAUAUCGGUUCUGGGAACUUUGGGGUGGCUCGCCUGAUGAGAGACAAGCAGACUGAUGAGCUCGUUGCAGUUAAGUACAUCGAGAGAGGUGACAAGAUAGACGAAAACGUUCAAAGGGAAAUCAUCAACCACAGGUCGCUAAGGCAUCCGAAUAUCGUCAGGUUCAAAGAGGUAAUAUUAACACCGACACAUCUGGCCAUUGUAAUGGAAUAUGCAUCCGGGGGAGAGCUUUUCGAGCGGAUAUGUAACGCUGGCCGGUUCAGUGAGGAUGAGGCACGCUUCUUCUUUCAACAGCUUAUAUCGGGAGUGAGUUACUGUCAUGCAAUGCAAGUAUGCCAUCGAGACUUGAAACUGGAGAACACAUUACUCGAUGGGAGUCCAGCUCCUCGCUUGAAGAUUUGCGACUUCGGGUAUUCCAAGUCUUCAGUGUUGCAUUCGCAACCGAAAUCAACCGUUGGAACUCCUGCUUAUAUAGCUCCUGAAGUGUUACUGAAGAAAGAAUAUGAUGGAAAGAUUGCAGAUGUCUGGUCUUGUGGUGUAACCUUAUACGUUAUGUUGGUCGGAGCGUAUCCGUUCGAAGACCCCGAGGAUCCUAAGAACUUCCACAAAACAAUUCAUCGAAUUUUAAAUGUCCAGUACUCGAUCCCUGACUACGUUCAUAUAUCGCCCGAGUGCCGUCAUCUGAUCUCGAGAAUCUUUGUGGCUGACCCUGCGAAGAGGAUAUCGAUUCCCGAAAUUCGGAACCACGAGUGGUUUCUAAAGAACCUACCGGCAGACCUCAUGGACGAGAACAGGAUGAACAACCAGUUCGAAGAACCUGAUCAACCGAUGCAAAGUGUCGACGAGAUCAUGCAGAUCAUUUCCGAAGCCACUAUCCCUUCAGCCAAUACAAAUAGUCUCAAUCAGUAUCUGAACGGUAGCCUGGACAUCGACGACGAUAUGGAGGAGGACCUCGACAGCGAUCCCGAGCUUGACAUCGAUAGUAGCGGAGAGAUAAUAUAUGCAUUGUGA